GUGUUAGCUGAGUGGAGACGGAGGUGGCGGUGAGGCUCUGCCUUGCGGUGACUCGACAGUGCAGGGGGAGUCAUGCCGGAGCCGCAGCAGCAGGGCGCCGAGCGCGACCUUUACAGGGACUCGUGCGUGCGCUACCUCGGGCUGAACACGAGGCACUCUUGUCGGGUGCUGAUGGUAAGAGCCGGCUGUGGCAAGGCCCUGAAAGGCCUGGCACUUGGUCAGUGUCGGUGGUACCCACGCUCAGUCAUUCCCUGGCUUCCGGUCGCCUAACUGGUGCAGAUCCCCAGAACCGCGGCCAGGAACUUUGAUCAGUCAGCCAUGAACUUCUUUGUUGGCGUCAGUCCGAAAGGCUAUGCCAAUGAAGUCGGGGAGGCUUUCCGCUCCCUGGUGCCUCCCGCUGUGGUGUGGUUGAGCUAUGGCGUGUCCAGCUCCUACGUGCUGGCCGAUGCCAUAGACAAAGGCAAGAAGGCAGGAGAGGCGCCGGGUCCUGAAGCAGGCCGAAGCACCAGAGUGACCCUGGCUGUGGUCGACACCUUUGUGUGGCAGUCUCUGGCCUCCGUAGCCAUCCCAGGCUUCACCAUCAACCGCCUGUGCGCCGCCUCUCUGUAUCUCCUGGGUACAAUGACCCGCUGGCCCCUGACUUUCCGCAAAUGGACCACCACCACACUUGGGCUGCUGGCCAUCCCCUUCAUCGUCCAUCCCAUUGACAGGUCGGUAGACUUCCUCCUGGACUCCAGUCUGCGCAAGCUGUACCCAUCGGUGGGGAAGCCCAGCUCCUCUUGACCCUGUCCUGUGCCUUGCCCGUGUUUGACCCACUCACAUCAAAGGAUGUGGAUGCAUGGCUGUUUGGGGUCCACAGCACUGGCAUCUGUGAGUUCAAACUGAUAGAAGCUUAGAAGCCAAGGCCUUGAGGAGUGGUGGCUACAGAGAGUGCCAGAGGAGGGACCCGACCUGUCUGCAUCAGUGGCCGUGGUACUGAGUGGGAAAGGACACUGGCUGGGCCUGUCUUUUGAAAUCUUUUUUUUUUUUAAGUAUUUAUUUUAUGUGUGUAAGUGUUUUACCUGUAUGUAUGAAUGUGUGCACACCACCCUUGGAGGUUAAAAGAGGUGGUUAGACCCCCUGAAACUGGAGUUAGGGAUAGUCGUGAGCCGCCAUGUGGUGCUGAGAACUGAAUCUGGUUCCUCUGCAAGAGCAGCCAGUGCUCUUAGCACUCAAGUACCUGUCAGCCUCUGGGUCUAUCUUCUGAUGGAAAAGUUAUAUCCUCCCAUGGAGGAGAAGGAUAUUAAGGCCCAGAGAGGGCAAGGAACACUCCUAAGAUCACAAUACUCAGGACUGAGUCUCUGGCCAGCCCAUCCCUGCCACAGGAACUGCUAGGGUCUGGUUGGGAGGCAAGACAAUCACAAACCAAAAUGCUAGGCCAAUAAACCCUUCAAAAGUGU